UGCACUGCUUAUAUCAGCUGUCAAAGACACUGAGGGAUCCACAGGGGGAAAGAACACUUUUACAACUGCCUGGAAGAAAGGGGUGUGCGCAGGGAGCAGUCCUGUGCAGCGCUGACCAGAGGAAAUAGUAGCCAUCAGUGCACUAUGAAUGCAUACCUCCCCAAGCAACCCAGCUGCUGCCGAGGGGCCGAGGGGAUGGAUGCCGGCAGGAGCGCACCCACGCUGCUCAGUGAUGCCCACUGUGCUUGUGGCUGGCAGAGGAGCCCUCAGGGACUCGGGUACAGUGCUCAGACCAUGCCUUCCGCAGGACCUGGGGCACCAGCUUCAAACAGGACCAAGCUGGUCACCUUGUGGGACAGUGUGCGGAAAAGCCCGCACAAGACCAGCACCAAGGGCAAAGGGACUUGUGGGGAGCGUUGUGCCUGUCCACACGGUUGGUUCAGCCCUGCACAGGCCAGUCCUGCUCCUAUAAUCGUCAACACAGAUACGCUGGACACGAUUCCUUAUGUCAAUGGAACAGAAAUUGAAUAUGAAUUUGAAGAAAUUACAUUGGAGAGGGGGAAUUCUGGUUUGGGAUUCAGUAUUGCUGGAGGGACAGAUAACCCCCACAUUGGAGAUGACCCUGGCAUAUUUAUUACGAAGAUUAUACCAGGUGGUGCUGCAGCCGAGGAUGGAAGACUCAGGGUCAAUGACUGUAUCUUGCGGGUGAAUGAAGUUGAUGUGUCCGAGGUUUCCCACAGUAAAGCAGUGGAAGCCCUCAAAGAAGCAGGAUCGAUUGUUCGACUGUAUGUGCGUAGAAGACGACCCAUUUUGGAGACUGUUGUGGAAAUCAAACUGUUCAAAGGGCCUAAAGGUUUAGGUUUCAGUAUUGCAGGAGGUGUGGGGAACCAACAUAUACCUGGAGACAACAGUAUUUAUGUCACUAAAAUCAUAGAGGGAGGAGCUGCACAAAAAGAUGGAAGAUUGCAAGUAGGAGACAGACUACUAAUGGUAAAUAAUUAUAGUUUAGAAGAAGUAACACAUGAAGAGGCAGUAGCAAUCUUGAAAAACACGUCAGAUGUCGUUUAUCUAAAAGUCGGCAAACCCACCACAAUUUAUAUGACUGAUCCUUAUGGUCCGCCUGAUAUUACUCACUCUUAUUCUCCACCAAUGGAAAACCAUCUACUCUCUGGAAACAAUGGCACUUUAGAAUACAAAACCUCCCUGCCACCCAUCUCUCCAGGAAGGUACUCACCCAUUCCAAAGCACAUGCUUGUUGAAGACGACUACACCAGGAUGCCACAAAAGUACUACUGUAGCCGGACACACCGAAUACCCAGGCCUCCGGAACCUGUUUACAGCACUGUGAACAAACUAUGUGAUAAGCCUGCUUCUCCCAGGCACUAUUCCCCUGUGGAGUGUGACAAAAGUUUCCUUCUCUCAUCUCCCUACCCCCACUACCACCUGGGCCUGCUCCCUGACCCCGAGAUGACCAGUCAUUCUCAACACAGCACUGCAACUCGCCAGCCUUCCGUGACUCUCCAACGGGCCAUCUCUUUGGAAGGGGAACCUCGCAAGGUGGUCCUGCACAAAGGCUCCACUGGCCUGGGCUUCAACAUUGUGGGCGGAGAAGAUGGAGAAGGUAUUUUUGUGUCCUUCAUUCUGGCUGGUGGACCAGCAGACCUAAGCGGGGAGCUCCAGAGAGGAGAUCAGAUCUUGUCGGUGAAUGGCAUUGACCUCCGCGGAGCUUCCCAUGAGCAGGCAGCUGCUGCCCUCAAGGGGGCUGGCCAGACGGUGACCAUUAUAGCACAAUACCAACCAGAAGAUUACGCACGAUUUGAGGCCAAAAUCCAUGACCUACGAGAGCAGAUGAUGAACUACAGCAUGAGCUCUGGAUCCGGAUCCCUGCGAACCAAUCAGAAGCGCUCCCUCUACGUCAGAGCCAUGUUUGACUAUGACAAGAGCAAGGACAGUGGACUGCCGAGUCAAGGACUUAGUUUUAAAUAUGGAGAUAUUCUCCAUGUUAUCAAUGCCUCUGAUGAUGAGUGGUGGCAAGCCAGGCGCGUCACACUGGAGGGCGACAGUGAGGAGAUGGGAGUCAUCCCCAGCAAGAGGAGGGUGGAACGAAAGGAGCGUGCCCGAUUGAAGACAGUAAAGUUUAAUGCAAAACCCGGAGUGAUUGAUUCAAAAGGGUCAUUCAAUGACAAGCGUAAAAAGAGCUUCAUCUUUUCACGAAAAUUCCCAUUCUACAAGAACAAGGAGCAGAGUGAGCAGGAAACCAGUGAUCCCGAACGAGGACAAGAAGACCUCAUUCUUUCCUAUGAGCCUGUCACUCGGCAGGAAAUAAACUACACUCGACCUGUGAUUAUCUUGGGCCCCAUGAAGGAUCGGAUCAACGACGAUUUAAUAUCUGAGUUCCCUGACAAAUUUGGUUCCUGUGUGCCUCAUACUACGAGGCCAAAGCGUGACUAUGAAGUGGAUGGCAGAGACUAUCACUUUGUCAUUUCCAGAGAACAAAUGGAGAAAGAUAUCCAAGAGCACAAGUUUAUAGAAGCCGGCCAGUACAAUGACAACCUGUACGGAACCAGCGUGCAGUCUGUGAGAUUUGUCGCAGAGAGGGGUAAACACUGUAUACUUGACGUAUCAGGAAAUGCUAUCAAGCGGUUACAAGUGGCCCAGCUCUAUCCCAUUGCCAUCUUCAUUAAGCCCCGGUCUCUGGAACCUCUGAUGGAGAUGAAUAAACGUCUAACAGAAGAACAAGCCAAGAAAACUUAUGAUCGAGCAAUUAAGUUAGAACAAGAAUUUGGUGAAUAUUUUACAGCUAUAGUCCAAGGAGACACCUUAGAAGACAUAUAUAAUCAAUGCAAGCUUGUUAUUGAAGAGCAGUCUGGGCCUUUCAUCUGGAUUCCCUCAAAGGAAAAGUUAUAAGUUAGCUACUGCGCCUCUGACAACCACAGAAGAGCAUUUAGAAGAACAAAAUAUAUAUAAUAUACUACUUGGAGGCUUUUAUGUUUUUGUUGCAUUUUAUGUUGGUUUUUUGUUUGUUUGUUUCUUUUGCAGUCAAUGUGAAUUCUUAUGAAUGUACAACACAAACUGUGUGAAGCCAUGAAGGAAACGGAGGGGCCAAAGAGUGGGACAGAAAAGACAUUGCAGGAUGCAGGAAGGCUUUGGUUUGCUCAAAGUGCCAGGUGUAGGGAUGAACCUCUGUCAGGCUUUCUGCCCAAGAGACGGACAGCCUCCUCACCCCAGAUGACCAGCGCUGAUUUAGCUGCUGAGCUCUCUGUUUUGUUUUUUUUUUGCUUUAAACAACAGUUGCCAGCACUCGAACCUCACCAACCUUCCCAUUCACCACAUCUGUAAAUUGGUACACUCGAAUUUUAUAACUAUGCAUAUCCUUUGAUUUCUUAACAAGAAAAAUGUACCUUUCGAGAUGACAUGGUAUCAGGGAAAGAUAAGUGCGUAGUUGCUUUGACCACCAUCUGCAAAGACAAGCUUGCCAUAAGAUUCACAAGAGUACGGAGGACUGACCGCACUAAGAGGAGGGGAAUCUACCUGGGAUUAGCUGUAUGACGAUCGAUGGUCUAUUUUGCCAUUUAUAAACUGAAAGAAGGCACUAAAGAUGAGAAUAAUUUAUACAAUAAAAAUAUAUUAAAUGUAUAGAAAUGAAUUCUAUAGGUCAAAAAAGUUUUGUGAAAUAUUUUGUAAAGACUAAUUAACUGGAAGAUUAAAUGAAUGCAGUCUCAGCAGAUGAUCAAGUUCCACCCCUGAAAGUUGCACUGUCCCUUGUGGCCAAUGCUUGGUAAGAACACCCACCCAAGUUCCUCCCAGAGUCCCACACAGACUUCGCCCUCACGAACCUCCUGUGACCUCCCUUCCACACGAAGGAUCCACUCUCACGGAGCACACACCUUCAUGAGGGGUUUUGGUUGUUUUGUUUUUUUAAGUUGAUGACUUCUCAGACCUAGAGUCAAGCGAAGGAUAUUCAGGAAAGUUUUUUGCUUUUCUCGGGUUAAACCACCUGGGCCUGCUGUGCAAAUAGUUGAAUAACUCUUAACAGAUACGUAUAUUGACAUACCUUUCUUAACACAUCUUUUAGUAUUUUGACCAACCUGGAGCAGUGAGCAUUAUGAUGUGUUGGUCUCACAGAAUAACUGAGGAUUUUAGGGCAGUCAGAAAUAGUCUACAGCUGCGUGGGAAUCUGUUCCAAGUAACACUAUUUUUGUUGUUGAGGAAGAUAGAGAAGAGACUUUCCUGUUUAGGGGUGAGGGGCGCAGACUUGUUUCUGUGUGCGGGGGCAAAGAGAAACGCCAAAAAAAACAAAAAACAACUUGGAGCUCAAUCAAUUGAACAGCCUUUUGUGGGGCUGUGCCUGGACCCAGUUUAUUUUUUAAACAAGUACAAUAAUGAUGAUUUCAAAAAAAACCUCCCAAAGCCUACAAACUGAACCAGAAGAGUUAGUUCCACACUUUAAAGCCACUAUCAGCAUUGCUUCUGCCCAAGGUGUUUAGGGAGAGACACUACAGUGAUCUCAAUAAUCACUCAACUCUGGGUUGGAUGCCUGCCCAGACUAAGCCCCAUCGCCUUAUUUCUGGGGUAUAUCCAGACCUGGCAGGGAUUCUGCCACACUGUGCAGCAAACCAGCAUGUAGGCUGGGGUGGGAGAGCAAGAUAGAGCCGUCAGUAGUGAUGGGGCUUCUUCACAGUAGGACCAUCAGAACUCCAAUAGAUGGUCUCUUCCCAAAACAAGGAUUGGUCAUCUUACACAAAAUAUUAUUGCCUGCCUGGUUACAGUCGACAAAACAAACCCCACCUCACCCCCACCCCCACAAUGGAUAAUCACACACCUACCUACAGUUUUGAGGUUGCCUUUGCCAACGGAAGGGCUAUCGAAUGUAUUUUUCCUUGGAUGAAAGUGAAGUUUCCAGAAACUUCCUUGGAGUGCACAAAAUGGAAUGGGUGUUUCCUGGUCUGCAAUGUGCCCAUUUCAGGUCAGGGCCUACUUUCAUCAAAAUUACUCCCGGGCGUUUUAUGCCACCAGAAUGCCAUUCCGGACUCCAGCUCCUAUUUUUUUGGCCACCAUGAUAACUUCUUUGGUUUCUCCACUGAGCAUGCAACCAUUUAUUCAAAGGACUGUCAUUAAUGAGUAGAUGUUUUCGCGGUCGUGUGACGUGCUUUCCAUAUACUAGUAUUGCUGUGGCUGAGUACAAUCAAGUUGAACCACCAACCCUUGGUUUUGUAGUAAUAUAAUUAUUUAUUUUCCUAGUGUAGAUGCUUCCAGACUAGAAUUGGCAUUUGCACUGAUUUUUUAUGUAGAUUUAUAUAAAUAUAUAAAUAGACAUAUAUAUUUGCUUGAAGACUCACCAGGCCCCUUGGUGAGAGGGUCUUUUGCCUCGAGCAUUUACACCCCCAUCUGUCGUGUUGUCCUGCGCUUCCCCGCGUUGAGGUCUCUGGGGCUCCAAUGGAUGACUCGGUGUGUUUCACAAUAAAUCUGACAACUUGUGUAGAAAAGGCAUGGAAGUUACCCAGAAUACAUCUGGUGCACAUUUACUUGGGGCCCGGGGGCCAGACUGGUGCUAACACUGCAAACUUUGUCCGGAGCUCUCUCCAAUCUGAAGGCUUGCUGGGGGCGCAAUGUCACCUUCACAAGCUGGGCCCUUUCGAAAAAGUGCCAGAUCGUGUCACUGGUGCUAUUUUUCAUGCUCUGGUACAAUGUGUAGCACCACGGGGGGUCUCAGCUUUACCAAAUUCGAAAUCCCCUAUGUCAGCUCACGGCCAAGACACUUGUUUUCUGCUCUCCUCCUACAGGAUUGGUUGGCCACUGCUUUGCAGGCCUGUCCUCCAGCCCCAAGGGGGAGGGUUGGCCAGAAGGGCUUAGUAGGCCCAUCUUUGUGAAGCCGCGUGCAGGUGCCUCUGUGCGCUGUCUGUGAUUCUACUGCCAGCCCUUCGGGCUGUGCGCCGGUGAGAAGCCCUCUACCCGCCUGUUCUCUUUCUCAUUCUUGUCCUCGGUUCACCCCUUGCAGUUCUACAUUUCCUUUCCAUAUGCAUUCUAUCUUCUCGGACUGCUCCUUUCGCCUCUUCAUUCUCGUUUCUGAUUUGCUUUUCCCCGUUGACUUUCUUCACUCUCUCUUUACUCUCGCCAGUUUCGCUCUAGUCUCGGCUCUCUUCUUUGCCCUUCCUAUUCCACUCUCUGCUUCCUUUCUCUCCACCUCAGAUAGCUCUGCUCACCUCCUCUUCCAUAGUCUUAAUUUGCUUCUGUCCUAUAAGGGCUCCUGGCUGAUUCAGACAGCAAGUCCGUGAAGUGGACUACCGACACAAAUAUUUGGGGUCACCGUUUCACCUACACAGCCCAGAAAGCAAAGCUGAGCGUGAGGUCAGACGUGGAGGCAGCUCCAGCCCCCUCACCGAGCCAGCCUGCACCGCUGCCCCGGGCCCUGCUGCCCCGGGUGCCAGCCUCUCUGCCUGAGUGCUGGUCCACAGUGAGCCCGCUCCCUAAACUGAGCCCUGGGCCCUGGGGACGCUUCCUCUCAUCCAAGGCAGACAGUGGCUCCAACCAUUAUCCUGACAGCCAACUUCUUCCGUGCGCAUUGAAGCCAGGCCAUCGCCUUGGUUUGGAGAGAGACAUUACCCCCGUCCAUUAGCUUUCCUUUUCCCAUGUUCAUGCGAAGCCCCUUCUGCUUUUACAGCUGGUGACUGCCGGCUCCAAUUAAAUGGACUCGCUGGUGGAAUACCAUCUCUUUUUACCUGUCUUGGUCCUCCCUAAACUCCUACAAAUAUAUUUGAGCCAAGAUCUCAGGCGAGUUGCUAAUAUUUCUCGUUUAUGAAUGUGUCAUUCCGAGGGGAAGACAAAUAAAGGAGGAGAAUCCCUGCCUCCUGUGAAAACUGAUUUGACAGAAUGACAGAAGUCUGUGCGUAUAUGCACUUGUGUGUAUACAUGGUAUCUAUGGAACGCAGAUCAUGUACACACAGAUUGUAUUAGGUGUGAAUGAAGGUGGCCAGAAACCCACACAUAUACUCCGGUCUGUAAAUACCCUUCCUCACUGAAACCUGUGCUUAGGCAACAGUUUCUUGUCCAGUUGUGCGGUUUCUUGGAACAGCUGAAGACAAACUAAGGCAGGUGGACAAUUUCGGCACAGGUCAUCUCAAAGCCAGAGUACAGUAUCUCCCUUGCGACUCAUGAGAACAGAUGACCACGCUGACUCCCAAUGGGAUGGCAAACUUUUCUCCCCUCCUGUUGGAAUUUGUGUUUCCUAUGUGUGUCCUACCUUCUGAGUGCACCAGGCUACACCCAUUAGAUCCUUGAAAUCUAACAACUUUGUGCUUCUCUCCGACAGGAUGUUUCUUACUUGCGCUGUGGUGCAGGCUGGGAGGGAGGGGAGCUAUUCUCUGUCUGGGCUGGGAGUUUACCGAGACUGCACAGCGUACACUCCUGUUACGUGUAAAUAUUCAACACUUCCAUUCCAUUUGUGUAAAAAAUAAAGCACACAUGAUUAUAAAAUCAAGAUGUAUAUUUCA